AUGAAAAUGGAAACUUUUCAGGAAUGGAUUACAACGCUGGUUCUUAUCUUCACGAUAUACUUAACAACGCGAGUGAUAUACCACUCUCCACGGCAGGAAAUCCCUUACGAAUCCCUCGGACGUUUGGAUGAUCCUGCCUUCAACGCUACCGGAGUUAAAGUCAUAUAUACCCCAGCAACGAAUGCCACUAGGCAAAUAAUGGAUAAAGUGGCUUCAGAUUCGGCAAUGAUGGGUAUAAAACCCAAAGGAGUGAAAGAUGAAAAAAUAAUAGAAAAAGAUGCGUUUCGGCACGGAGACUUUAUUGGUGURGUUUUUAAGGAUGCCUCCUCCUACAGCCUCCGAUUUCACAGCUACAGUAUAGUAUACCCCAGUGAYGUCCUUGACCAAAUAGAAGCCUGCCAAAAUUAUUCCUCAAGCUAUUGUAAUGUUCCCUCAUACUGGAAAGAGGGCUUUUUAUCACUGCAGGCCAGCAUUGAUGCAAUAAUAAUAGAAGCGAAAACAAAUCAUUCUGUCUGGGAAGAGAUGAAGUCAAUUAGCGGCAUUUAUCUGAAAUCAGACUUGAACAAGCCUGUGUAUAGAAUGGGCUACAUUUGGUUCAUUUUUGGCCUUAUAGUGUGUUUCACUCCAAAUAUGUACUUUUUAUCAAUGAAGGUUAUAAGAGAGAAAAAGAAGCUCAAGGUUUUAAUGAAAGCAAUGGGUUUGCACGAUAUCGCAUUCUGGUUGUCCUGGAGCUUGCUAUACACCAUCUACGUUUCAAUACUGGCAAGCUUGCUGACAGCCAUCACRUUUGAAGUCCUCUAUGAAGGCAACUUUACUGAAAUAUUCUUCUUUUAUUUCUUUUACGGCAUAGCAACUAUUCACUUCUAUUUUAUGCUCAGCUCGUUGUUGAAGCAGCCGAAUAUUACCGGUUUUGUGGGGUUUGCCCUUCAAGUUGUCUUUGGAUGCCUGGGCUUUUUGACCUUUUUUGAAAUGCUGCCUCCAGCUUUCGAAUGGAGCUUUAGUCUCAUGAGCUCUUUUGUGUGUGCAGCCGGCAUCUCGAAGAUUAUAAUUUUAGAAAGAUAUGGAGCAAUGCUUACACCAGAAUUUUACCCUUUCUUGAAUCUCUACAUCAUAUUAAUCUUUGACAGUGUUUUAUACAUGCUGUUGGCCAUCUACUUUGAUAAAGUUUUGCCUGGCAAGUACGGAGUACAGUAUCCUCCUUUGUUCUUCCUGAAGCCAUCCUACUGGUUCCAGCACAAGAGCAGGAGCACCGGAGAGGGAACCGGCAACGGGAGCAGCCAUGGAGCCCUCAGKACCACCGAGGAACCGAUGCCCCCUGAGUUUGCUGGGAAAGAAGCAAUCAGAAUAAACAAUAUUACCAAAACAUACAAAAGGAAGGACAAGACAACAGAGGCCUUAAAAGACUUGUCCUUGAAUGUUUAUGAAGGCCAGAUCACUGCAUUGCUUGGUCACAGUGGAUCUGGAAAAACGACUCUCCUGAAUGUGCUCAGUGGCUUUGCCCAGCCUUCAGCAGGUUCUGCAACGAUAUACAACUACAAAGUAGCUGAAAUAGAAAAUACGGAAGGAAUUCAGGCAACUGUGGGGAUUUGCCCACAAUCAAAUCUGCAUUUUGAAACCUUAACGGUGAAGGAAAACCUGCGAACUUUCGCUCACAUCAAAGGGAUUCAGAUGAAGGAAGUAGAGCAAGAGGUGAAGAAAGUACUGACGGCGCUGGAUCUCACUGAUCUUCAGAAUGUCCUCCCCAAUACACUGACGGUGGGACAAAAAAGAAAAUUGUCUCUUGGAAUUGCAAUUCUAGGGAAUCCGAAGGUGCUGCUUUUAGAUGAGCCAACAGUGGGGCUGGAUCCCUCCUCCAGGCACCACGUGUGGCGUCUCCUGAAGGAAAACCAAGCUGGUCGUGUGACGCUCUUCACUACCCAGUGCAUGGGUGAAGCUGAUAUUCACGCUGAUCGGAAAGCUUUUCUCUCAAAUGGGAGAUUACAGUGUGUUGGCUCUUCUCUUUACUUGAAGAGAAAAUGGGGAGUUGGCUAUCAUUUAAGGAUGCAUGUAAAUGACCUGUGUGACCCUGAGGUGGCAUCAGCCCUGGUCAGACAGUACAUCCCUGAUGCCGUGUUCAGAGGACAGAAGGGGGAUGAAUUAUGUUACAUGCUGCCCAUGGAAAACACCGAUGCCCUGCCAGAUCUGUUCAGCCACCUCGAGAGCAACUUCUUGCAGGGGGUUGUUAAUUACGAGGUUAGCAGGACCACCCUGGAAGACGUGUUCCUGAAGCUGGAGGGUGAGGAAGCUCUCGAUCAAGAAGAUGGUGGUGUUUCUGGUAAUGAACAGCUGGAAGAUGGAGAGUGCUUUGACACGGAGGAGAUGGACCGAAGCCUCCUGACGCUUUGGGAGAGAGGGCGAGCUACCGUCAGUGGCGUGGAGCUCUGGAGGCAACAAGUCCGGGCCAUAGCAAGAGUUCGCUUCUUAAAGCUAAAGCAUGAUGGAAAACUCCUCAGGUCCAUAUUGCUGUUCUUGGGAGUAUUUAUCCUUCCGCUGUUUAUCAUUUUUAUUGGAUUUCAACUGACAGAAGGAUUCGGUAACUUCGAGCUGACUGCUAGCUUGUAUUUUGUUCCCAAUGAAGAGAAAACUCAUGUUAAAUCAACAAAUCUUCUCAUCUUCAAUGACACAGGAUCAGAUAUUGAGAAUUUCAUUCAUGCCUUGAAGAUUCAAAAGAUAGUGCCAGAAAUAGCUGUUGAGCAAAACAUCACAAGUAUGCCACAGCAUAACGGAGCUAUAAAAAUAUCCCUGGAAGGCAAGCGCUACCAGUACACGAUCAUGUGCAGUGCAGAGCCCAUCAACUGCUUUCCAGUGCUUAUGAAUAUCCUCAGCAACACUUUCUUAAGGCUCUUCAAUUCCACAGAACAUAUCCGCGUCUGGAAUGACCCCUUUCCUCAUAUGAAAAACCCAGCUUUCAUGCAUGAGAUAUUUUAUCGCUGCUUCGCCUUCAUGCUCUUGUUGGUUGCUGGUUUGCCUUCUCACUUUGCAAUGAGUAGCAUGGAUGAUUACAAGAUCAGGGCUCGCUCCCAGCUGCGGCUCGCRGGGCUCUUCCCCUCGGCGUACUGGUGCGGGCAGGCGCUGGUGGACGUCCCGCUCUACUGGGCGCUCAUCAGCCUCAUGGCCGGCAUCCUGGUCUUGUUCUGCUACAGCAGCUUCUUCAAUGCCACCAUGAUUCUGGCCUUGAUUGUUUGCAUCAUUGGUUAUGGAAUAUCUCUUGUUCUACACAUUUAUUUGAUUGCCUUUAAAUUUCGCRAUGGACGGAGCAAUCGUUAUUUUUGGUCUUUCAUCAUUAUUCUGAUUUCCUUCAUUUUCUAUACGUUCAGUAGCCGACACGAUAUAGUCUGUAUCAUCUUUUCUGCACUGACUCCUUGGUUUCCAUUGCUGGGCUGGCUAAUCUUUGCACCUGAACCAUACUAUUUUUACAUGGACGAGCAUUCAGAGCUGCAGAGUAAAGYCUUUGUCCCUGUCUUUGCACCUUAUUUCCACUGCGUGAUUUUUGUUCUUCUCCUUUGCUGCUUGGAGAUACGAUAUGGAGAAGCAGCUACAAGACGUGACCCCAUCUUCAGGUUUUGCCGCCGGAGAGCGGUCGCCCGCCACAACAGGGACCAUCCAGGAGAGGAAGCUGCAGAAGUGCAGGCUGAGAGGGAGCGCGUCAGGAGCGCCGUGGCAUCUCUGCCGCAGCAAGAGGAUCCUGUCAUUGUCAGCAGCGUGCGCAAAGAGUAUGAAGACACGAAGGCCAGCUCAUUUUUAAAGAAAAAGAAGAAAGUUGCUGUCAAAAAUCUCUCUUUCACCAUUAAAAAAGGAGAAGUAUUAGGACUGUUAGGACCCAACGGAGCUGGAAAAAGCACGACUUUGAAUAUGAUUUCUGGAGACAUAACACUGACUGCUGGGGAAGUGCUGAUCCAGGGCAGUGACCCGUCUUCUCCAGGCCAGCACAGCGCCGGGUUCUUUGGGUGCUGCCCUCAGGAGAACCCGCUCUGGCCCAACCUCACGGUGCAGGAACAUCUGGAAGUCUAUGCUGCCGUGAAAGGGAUGAGGAGUGAAGAUGUGGCUGCUAGCAUCAGCCGCGUAGCAGAGGCCCUGGAGCUCCAGAAGCAUUUAAAAACAGAGGUUAGGAGAUUGUCUAUGGGAGAAGCAAGAAAGGUGAGCUUUGCACUAAGCGUGCUGGGCGACCCGACAGUCCUGCUGUGGGACGAGCCCUCCGUGGGCAUGGACCCCAAAGAGCAGCAGCGGAUGAGGAAAGCAAUUGAGACGGCGCUGAAGAGCAAGGAGAGGGGAGCCGUGCUCAGCACCCAUCACCUGGACGAGGCCGUGGCCACCUGCGACCGCGUGGCCGUGCUGGUGUCGGGGCAGCUCCGCUACAUUGGCUCCGUGGAGGACCUGAAACGUAAGUUUGGUCAAAGCUACUCCCUGGAAGUCAGGAUGAGGGACGCGGGACACAGAGACGCUGUCCACGCCGAGGUGCUGCGGCUCUUCCCCGCGGCAGCGCAGCAGGAAAGUACUUCUUCGUCUUUGCUGGUCUACAAGAUACCCAUGGAAAAUGUCCUUCCUCUGUCUCAGUCUUUCUCCAAACUCGAAGCAGCUAAACAAAACAGGAGGUUUGAGGAAUACAGCUUGUCUCUGCGCACCUUGCAACAGGUAUUUGUAGACCUCACCACAGAUUCCGAGGAGCAUGACCAGGAUGCAGCGUCCAGUGAAGCUCAGGAUCAGAGACCUCUUCAUCCCAGAUACAUUUAAGCCAGAAAGGCUUUUUUCAGUAUUAUUAUUAUUAAUAUGUGUGAUUAUUAGAGUCUCAAGACUUGGUUAUCAGCAUCACGACACAUAGAGCUCCACAGGUUCUGCUGAACCAACAAAUAUACGUAUUUUUUAAUAAAUAAAGCCUUGAUUCUCU